AACAAAUAGAUUCUUGGGAUAUACACAAUGAUGUUCGUUUUGAUUUUAAAUAAUUCAUUUUUUCAUCAAGGAAAUAUGGGCACGAUCGCGUAUCACAUCCAUGUACAACACUGCUAUACAAUUAUACUAACAUAGUAUAUAUUUUGUAUCAUCUCAAUAACUAACUUGAUAUGAUGAUGGUAUAAUUAUGAACCACCAUAGUACGCGAUGUAGUUCUCAAUGAGUGAGAACAUCAUUAAUGAACGUAAGGUAUGUUUAGUUGCUAAUGGGUCUAGUAAGUCACGACAAGAUCAAACAUUAAUAGUGGAGACUUAGAUUAUCUCUUGAUAAUCAUAGAUCGAGGGAAAACAUAAUAAUUUUGAAUUAUUAAAUUGUGGAAAAACAAAGUUCACAUGCUUAGAAUUUACGUAACACAAGUAUUGAAGAUUAGAAAAUUCGAUAAGUAGGCUACAUGUUUAUAUUUGUUUUUUAGUUGGGGGCUAAGCUGGCCUUAGCUUACCCUUUAGCCCAUAACCUUUCUAACCAAUCUUUACGGAUUUGCCACUCUCGCCGCCACACCAUGGCGACGCCAAUCAAGCCUACUAGUCACACUCUACUCUGCUUCUGCUACUUCCUCCUCUUGUUCACAAUUCCACCGCCGUCGGCGGCGGCCGGAGACUCCUCCUCACCCUCCCAAGUCAUCUCCCGAUUCCAGCAAUACCUCCAGAUCAACACCGCCCAGCCCACUCCCGACUACCACCUCGCCGCCGAGUUCCUCAUCUCUCAAGCCGAUUCCAUCUCCCUCCCAUCCCGCUCCAUCGAAUUCGUCCAUGGCAAACCCUUGGUCCUCAUCCACUGGCCGGGCUCCGAUCCCGACCUCCCUUCCAUCCUCCUCUACUCCCACACCGACGUCGUCCCCGCCGAACCCCACAAGUGGGACCACCCUCCUUUCUCCGCCCAUCUCGAUCCCUCCUCCGGCCGCAUCUUCGCCAGAGGCUCCCAGGACAUGAAGUGCGUCGGGAUGCAGUACCUCGAGGCCGUCCGCCGCCUCAAGGCCUCUGGAUUCCGACCCCGCCGAUCCGUCUACCUCGCCUUCUCCCCCGAUGAAGAAAUCGGCGGCCACGAUGGCGCCGAAAAGUUCGCCUAUUCCGAUGUCUUCGACGCCUUGAACGUCGGCGUCGUCCUCGACGAAGGGCUGGCAUCUCCCGGUGACAGUUACAGACCGUUCUACGCUGAAAGGAGCCCCUGGUGGCUGGUGAUUAAGGCCGUCGGAGCUCCCGGCCAUGGAGCUAAGCUUUAUGACAACAGCGCCGUGGAGAAUCUGUUCAAGAGCAUCGAGUCAAUCAGGAGGUUUAGGGUGUCUCAAUUUGAUUUGGUGAAAGCUGGAUUGAGAGCUGAAGGGGAGGUCAUUUCGAUUAACAUGGCCUUCCUUAAGGCUGGCACUCCUUCUCCAACUGGGUUUGUCAUGAACCUGCAACCAUCCGAAGCAGAAGCAGGUUUCGAUAUUCGUAUCCCGCCAACUGCUGAUCCUGAAUCGUUGGAGAGGCGGAUCAACGAAGAGUGGGCGCCUGUUUCACGCAACAUGACAUUCCAGUUCAAGCAAAAGGCUUCUGUGUAUGACAAGGAAGGGAAGCCCAUGCUUACAAAAACAGGGAGCUCAAACCCGUGGUGGCUGCUGCUCGAGGAAGCUGUAGCGAAAGCCGAUGGAAAACUUGGUAAGCCAGAAAUCUUUCCUGCAGCAACAGACUCUCGCUACUUCCGAAGACGGGGUCUGCCAGCCAUCGGCUUCUCCCCAAUGGCCAAUACACCUGUUCUUUUGCAUGAUCACAAUGAGUUCUUGAGCGAAGCUGAGUAUCUGAAAGGCAUUGAGGUGUACGAAUCGAUAAUUAGAGCUUUCACAUCUUCCGAGCACACCAGUGCCUCCAAGGACCACAAAGAUGAGCUGUAGGUUGUUUUUAUGCCGUUGUUGUAACAUUGACCACUUUUUCAUUUUAAUAAAUAAGUUGGAGUAGAAGAAGAAUAACAAGCAGGAAUAGCUUUUACCUUCUGCUAGUUGAACUUGGCAUUGUGAAUAUAUCCCUUCCUCUUAGCUUACAAUCUCAAUUUGUGAUGAGUAUCCCUUCGUAUCUUGUUAAUACAACCGCGUUGAGUGAAUUCUGGUGUCGCAAGCAAAUGGUGGCUCAUCUGAUAUGCAGUAAUGAACUGAAACACAAAGCAGGUGUCCUCUCUGGAGCUUAGCACAGGAACAAUAGAUCAUUGAAAUUCAA